AUGCAUGAUGACUUAGACUCGGCCAUUCAGGAUGUCAGAAUGGGUUGGAGUUGGGCUGCCAUGCACUUGGGGAAAAACUUCACCCGUGAAUUGAUAUCUAGGUGAGUGAACUUAUGUCUAGGUGAGUGAACUGAUAUCUAGGUGAGUGAACUGAUAUCUAGGUGAGUGAACUGAUAUCUAGGUGAGUGAACUGAUAUCUAGGUGAGUGAACUGAUAUCUAAGUGAUUGAACUGAUAUCUAGGUUAGUGAACUGAUAUCUAGGUGAGUGAACUGAUAUCUAGGUAAACGAACUGGUAUCUAGGUGAGUGAACUGGUAUCUGGGUAAGGGAACUGAUAUCUAUAGGUACGUGAUCUGAAAUCUAGGUGGGUCGUUGUGUUUGCACUUUAAAUAAAUUUGGUGGUUUUGAGCUAAGUGACCUUUUUUAAAGUUUACAACCAGUCAUUUACAGUUGAUUUGACCCAGGCAUUUACAGUUGAUUUGACCCAGGCAUUUACAGUUGAUUUGACCCAGGCAUUUACAGUUGACUUGACCCAGGCAUUUACAGUGGAUUUGACCCAGGCAUUUACAGUUAAUUUGACCCAGGCAUUUACAGUUAAUUUGACCCAGGUAUUUACAGUUGAUUUGACCCAGGCAUUUACAGUUGGAGUGACCCCAUGUGUGUCCGUGAUACCUAAAGAUGAAAAAUAUCGUGCGUCAGCCAGGAACCGAUACCGGAUCAACUGCUUGGAGUUUACAUCCUUUUAAGCAUUUAUGACGCCCUAUACCACCUAUGACGCCCUACAUCACAUAUGACGCCCCACACAACCUAUGACGCCCCACACCACCUAUGACGCCCCACACAACCUAUGACGCCCCACACAACCUAUGACGCCCCACACCACCUAUGACGCCCCACACAACCUAUGACACCCCACACAACCUAUGACGCCGCACACAACCUAUGACGCCCCAUACCACCUAUGACGCCCUACAUCACAUAUGACGCCCCACACAACCUAUGACGCCCCACACAACCUAUGACGCCCCACACAACCUUUGGCCUGAACCGUUUUCCGAUGUCUUUAUCUCUUCACCGAUAUAUUCAUAGUGACUGUUCAAAUGAUCUAAUUUAGAAAAAAAAAUAACCACCAGCAAGACAUAACAUUCGAACUUAAGUUAUAUACUAAAGUAUUUAUACCAUGCACAAUUUAUAGCAUGAGCGAUAUAUAGGCCUAUAUUGUACAUAUAUAUAUAUAGUACAAACAAUGAUCAAAAUGUAACGACCAACCAUUAUAUCCCAAAAACACUUGUUUUAUAUUGGCUGACAUUGAUUUCAUUUUCACUAAUGUCCCAUACUAAUUCAUAUAAUGUAUAUUAAAAUCAGUAGCUAUGUAUAUCCUGUACCAUUUAUUUUCAUAUCAUUUAUAUCCUUAUAUCCUAUAAAGAUUAUUUUAUUUAUCAGCCAUAUACUGUACCAUUUUAUAAUGUAUCAUUUAUAUCCGAUACAAUUAUAUUUAUAUAUCUAAUUUGAAUAUUUAUGCAUGUGUCAAUUCUUUCGAUUCAUACACGGGUUUCGUUGCGCCUAAAUCUGGUACAAUCUUGUUUCAGACUGGAAGAUGGUAUCUCAGCCUCCAAUGAGACACUGUUUGGUAGCACAGUCUGGCUUUACCUUGACAUGACUA